CGUUCGCGCGCGAGCCACCACUAGUCCGUCGCCUUCCCCUGUUCGGCUGCUCCCCACGACCCCACCUCACCCUCUUCUUCCCCGCUGCACCUAGCGGCCACGGGCCACCGCUCCUCGCCUCGAACCCGGAACCCGCCGCCGCCAUGACUCUUGCAUCCACCUCCCCUAUCGCUGCCGCCGCCGCCCGUCCCACGAAACUCCCUUCCUUCUCCCGCUGCCCCCCUCGCCGCCUGCUGCGCGUCUCCUGCCAGGCGGCGCCCGACCGCCCGGCCUGCGGGGGCGGCAAUGCGUCGAGCGCCUCGCCGGCGCCGCAGCAGCCGAGGUGGCGCGCCGCGGUAUCCGCCGCGAUCGCGGCGGCCGUGGUCGCCGCGGCGAUGCCGGCCUACGCGGACCUGAACAGGUUCGAGGCCGAGCAGCGGGGCGAGUUCGGCAUCGGCUCCGCCGCGCAGUUCGGCUCGGCCGACCUCAAGAAGGCCGUCCAUGUUAACGAGAACUUCAGGAGAGCCAACUUCACAUCUGCUGACAUGAGAGAGUCAGAUUUCAGUGGUUCCACAUUCAAUGGUGCCUAUCUUGAAAAGGCUGUUGCUUAUAAGGCAAAUUUCACUGGUGCUGAUUUGAGUGAUACGCUAAUGGACCGCAUGGUUCUCAAUGAAGCCAACCUUACAAAUGCUGUUCUUGUACGGUCAGUCCUCACACGUAGUGAUCUUGGAGGAGCGAUUAUUGAAGGCGCUGACUUCAGUGAUGCUGUUAUUGACCUACCACAGAAACAGGCAUUAUGCAAAUAUGCAAGCGGAACCAACCCCAUAACAGGGGUAAGCACCCGAAAAAGCCUAGGAUGUGGCAAUAGCCGUCGAAAUGCAUAUGGGAGCCCUUCAUCCCCUCUGUUGAGUGCCCCACCACAGAAACUUCUUGACCGCGAUGGUUUCUGUGAUUCGGGUACAGGUAUGUGCGAUGCAAAGUAAGAGAGGAUUGAUCAAACACAGAAACUGGUCACUGGAUGCUGUAUAUACAUUGGAGAUUGAGUGAGAGCAGGAUAGUGCAGAGAAAUCAAUCGUUUUUCUUCGUCUUCUCUUGCAACUGUUGUAAGGUUGCAGCAGAAUCAGAAACUUCGGAUGUAGAUGAAAUAUGGGCAAUGAGCAGUGAACAGCAUAUACAUAGCAUUGUAUGUAUUUGAAACAGAUCA